AUGCUUGAUCCGGGGCUCAGGCUUCGCCGGGCGGUGGUUGAGGGCAACCUCGACAACGUCAAGCGGCUUCUCCACCGGUUCCCGGACUUGUGGCUCAACCCGAACCCGCAGCACCAGGGGUGGACCAACCUCCACUACGCGCUGUUCCAUGGCCACUACCUCGUGGUGUUCUACUUGGUGCUGUUUGUCACCCGCUCCCACGGCACAUUAGCCGACCACUUCCUGAGGCUUGACCUCGUGCUGUUUGACGGCGUAUCUCCUUUACACGUGCUGACGAUCAACCACCACUUACAGGUGCUCAACUACCUUCUCCAGGAGUUUUCGGACCCCCGGUGGGUCAAUAUGGCCGGCGGCGAGCACCAGCGGACGCCGCUCCACUACUGCUGCGUCCACGGGUUCGCCCAGGGGAUGCGCCUCUUGCUCGAGUGGGGCGCCGACUACAGCGCCCGCGACGGCCACGGCGACUCGGUGCUCCACCUCUGCUUCCAAUACGAGCGCGACGACUGUGUCGAGGUGCUCUUAAGGUUUAUUGCCCGCACUCUCCCUGAGGGCGAACAAGCUUUGAAGUACGUGGAGCAGAUGCGCAACCACCGUGGCGUCGUCGCCACCGAGUACUUGCCGACGUUCGAGCUGGGCCAGCAUUACGAGAAGAUGAAGCACGAUACGUUCAGACAGCGGGCGCUCGACGGCUACUCCCAGCUGAAGCUGCGGCUGACGCUCCUGAUAGCGGAGCCGAUAGCGCCGCCACCAGCAGUAACCGGCGCCGCCCCUCACACUCCACAACUGCUGCCGACAGAGAACAGAGUAUUGCUUUCGCCCAUCAUUUCCGUGUCCAAGCAGAAGCGCACAAACCUGACCACUCGCGCCCACUCGCUGCUGCUACCUUCUGGCGAUAGAGGCACCGACCGCCACGAUCGCGAUCUGCGCCCGCCCAAUUUGCGCAAGCGCCUGAGCACGGUGACCGCUGUACGCCCUGGAAAUGCCCUGGUGGUGCUGGCGGCGACGCUGGCGCUGAACGGGGCGCUGCGACUGCUGCUGAUCGUGGGGCUGCUGGUGGCGCCGCUGAUCGUGACUACGCUGCUGGGAGCACUGACAGAACCGCCAGGAGUUCAAAUGGCGCAAUUGGCGCAAAUGGUGCCAGGAGGGCAGAUGGCGCCGGCGCCGACGUUCGCCAAGCCGCCACCGCUGUUGAAACUGAUAACAAUAUCGCCGCUGGUGCGCAAACUGAGCGGCGACACCGGCCUCGACUCGGCGCUGCCCCAGCUGUAUAUACUGGAGCUGCCAGCGACGAUGAUGCUGCCUCGCCGGAGACUUCUGGGGGGCCAGCCGCGACCACCUCCCGAUGCGUUUGGCUUCUUAAGUCAAUUAACCUUCGAGAAACCGAUCCCCGAGGCCGCAGUCACGGCAGCGCAAAAUGCUGUGGUCCAGCUGAUGCUGCCGCCACGGCGUAAAGUGCUGGGAACGCCGUUGCUGCUGGUACGCAUCCACAACUCUAGCAGCCGCACUCUGCUAUAUGGUGAUGCGGCGCCACCAGCACCACUGGCAUCAUCAGGUAGCGGGCUGGCGAAACCGCGCCAGCGGCUGACGCUGAACGACUCGUUGCGGCUGGCGUUUGGGUUGCGUAAGCUGAAGAGCUCAGGCAAUAUCGGCAAUAGGCCGCUGCUCCGCAAGACGAAGACGGCGGUGCCGCCUUUACCCGAGGACGAUUCCAACAAUUUCAAAGGGAUCUCGUUCAAACGCGUGCGGUCACAAAAAUAG